CUUUAGACGCCAUUCUUCUUAGCAUCUUCUUCUUCUUCUCUUCUCCGUCCCCUUUUCCAAUAUUUUGUCAAUAAUCAAAUAUUCAAAUAUCAUGACUCGUGUUUCAAGCAAAGAAGUCGUUCAACUCGAAUCCACCUAUGGUGCUCACAACUAUCAUCCUUUGCCGGUAGUGUUUUCCGAAGCCAAAGGGGUCUGGGUAUGGGACCCUGAGGGCAAGAAGUACAUGGAUUUCUUGUCAGCCUAUUCAGCUGUCAACCAAGGCCACUGUCAUCCCAAAAUCAUUCAAGCUUUGUGUGACCAAGCGCAGAAAUUGACUUUAUCUUCCCGCGCUUUUUAUAAUGACGUUUUCGGUUCGUUUGCCAAGUACGUUUCCGAAUACUUCCAGUAUGACAUGGUAUUACCCAUGAAUACCGGCGCCGAAGCCGUGGAAACCGCGAUCAAGCUGGCCCGUCGAUGGGGUUACGUAAAGAAAGGCAUUCCCGAAAAUGAGGCCAUUGUCUUGAGCUGCGAGAACAAUUUCCACGGUCGCACGGUUGGUGUCAUUAGCAUGAGCACCGAUCCCGAAUCCUACAAAGGCUUUGGUCCUUAUCUCCCGCUCGUUGGGCCCAUCUGCCCAAAGACCGGCAUCAAGAUUCGUUACAACCAUGCUGAAGAUCUUGAAAAAGUUCUGGAAGCCUCAGGAGAUAAAGUCGCCGGUUUCCUCGUCGAACCAAUUCAGGGUGAAGCAGGUAUUGUCGUCCCUGAUGAUGGCUAUUUGCAACGAUGCAAGGAACUGUGCGAAAAGUAUAAUGUACUUUUUAUUGCGGAUGAAAUCCAGACCGGUCUUGGACGUACAGGCAAGAUGUUGUGUGUCGAGCAUGACAAGGUACGACCGGACGUCGUGCUUCUCGGUAAAGCCCUGUCAGGAGGUGUUUAUCCCGUGUCGGUUGUUUUAGCCGACAAGGACAUUAUGCUCUGUAUCAAGCCUGGUGAGCAUGGAUCCACUUAUGGUGGUAAUCCCCUAGGCUGUGCCGCUGCCAUUGCCGCUCUCGAGGUCAUCAAGGAAGAAAAUCUCGUUGAAAAAGCCAAUGUCCUAGGCGCCAAAUUCCGCAAAGCACUCACAGAUCUCAACAGCCCACUGGUACAAACAGUCCGUGGUCGUGGUUUAUUGAAUGCGAUUGUCAUUGAUGAAACAAAAUCUGAACGUACAGCGUGGGAACUUUGCUUGUUACUCAAAGACCGUGGUUUAUUGGCCAAACCUACCCACGUCAACAUCAUUCGAUUAGCUCCACCUCUCUGUAUCACCGAGGAAGAAUUGAUGCAAGGCGCCGAAAUCAUUGGACAGGCUCUCAAGGACAUUGUCACCAUGAAAAAGGAAGAUAUUCCCAAUGAACUCGGUCACUGAUCGCAUAUAGCAAAUCUUACAAAGUAAAAACCAUAUUCACACACAACGCAAAUGACAUUCAUUCCUAUUCCGAAAACUGUGAACCAAAUAAAAU